AUGGCCGAUCAAUGGCAAGAUAAUGCUAUUUUGAAUGCUCAAAUACGAGAUGAUGAUGAUGAUAUUCCAGACGAAUGGGAUGUAGAACCUGAAGAAAAACCUAAAAAAGCUCCAGUAGAAGAAAAACCUAAACCAGCACCACCAACAACAAAAAAUAAGUUAGCUAAGAAAAAAUUUCUCGGUGAUGGACGUAACAGUGAUGAUGAAUUACUUGAAUCUUUAAAAGAACCCGAUCGACAUUAUACAACUGAAGAAUUAGAAGAAUUUAGUAGACGUGCUGAAUUACGAAAAGAAGAAUUAAAAUUAAAUAUGGCAUCAGAUUUUGUUGGUACAAGUGGUGAACGUCAUUCAUUAGAUAAUCUUAAUUUAGUAACAAAAGAAGAAUUUCUUGAUUAUAGUUUUCGUUUAUAUAAUCGUCUUGAACUUUUAUCAAAAUCAGAAUUUUAUCCAGAUUUUCUUGAUCAUUUACUAAAUGGUUUAACAAAAUCUGUGUCACUUGAUGGUGUUAAACGUAUAUCAACAACAUUACAAGCAAUAUUAGUACGUAAACAAAAUGAUGAACGUGACAGAAAAUCAAAAACUAAAGCUAAAAAACCGGUUAAACCACAAUUGAAAGCUGAUCGAAAUCCUGAAUAUGACUCAUUUGUUGGUGAAGGCAUUACCACUGCUGCUGCCGACCCAGAAUAUGAUGAAGACAAUGAUUUUAUGUAA